AUGUACAUAAUGGUGAUCGAUUGAGGGUUAAUUUCAACACGCCCCCGCCCGCCCGCGUCCGCUCCGUCCCGCCGAUAAUCCCGCGUCCUUCCCUACAAUCGCGCAAUCGCUAGCCCAUCGCUCGCUCAAUCCGCUCCGCGCCGCCGUCCACUCCAUCCCGCCGUUCGCUGGCCGCAUCACGCCGCCAUCCGCUCCGUGACCUCAGCCCCGCCGUUCGCUGGCCAUCGCGCCCACACUCGCCGGCCCAUCGCACGUCGCCCGGCGCAGAUCUGUGACGCCGCCGCCGCUCCGUCCAUCAAGUACCUCCGCGCCCGCCAUCCACUCCAUCCCGCCGUUCGCUGACCGCAUCACGCCGCCAUCCGCUCCGUGACCUCCGCCCCGCCGUUUCGCUGGCCAUCGCGCCCACACUCGCCGGCCCGUCGCACGACGCCCGUCGCAGAUCUGUGACGCCGCCGCCGCUCCAUCCGAUCAAGUACCUAAAGGUUUGAUUCAAUCUGCGCCCCAUCUCUUCCUCUCGCUUCCCCUGCGCUCUCCUUCUGUUCGAGUUUGAACUAGCAGAGAUUGAUGGGUUGAUUGAUUGGCAUCCGCGCGACGGAUCAAACAACCGGGGCGAGCGCCGGGUUGACGGAUGGCGACCCGCCGCGACGGAUCAAAGUUCCAACAACCGGGGCGAGCGCCGGGUUGACGGACGGCGAUCCGCCGACGGCAUCCGCCGACAGCAGCUGCCAACCAAACCACCACUCCCACGCGCGACGUCUCGCUGACCGGUGGGGCCCACGUCAACGCGUGGCCCCACAUAUCGCUCGCGAGGCCCGACACCGCCGCGGGGGAUCGGAAAUCCCGGCCCGGCUCGCUGCCAGGUGGGCCCGCGCGCCUGUAUAAGUAGAGGCGACAGCCUCGGAACCAGCUAGCUGCAACGGCGCGGAGCAGCCACGGGAAGGGCGUCGUCAAGGCCGGCAGCGUCGGCAUCGAGCUAGCUCUUUGCUGCCCAGGAUCACUGCAUCGAGCCGAAACAGGGGACUGCGGCGAUGACCACUCCGGGGAGCACGGCGAGGGCCGCCGGACUCACAAUCAUGCUGAUUUCCGCCAGCGUGGGCAUAAGCUCCGGCGGCGGCGGCGGCGGCUUCGGCUUAAUCCUCAGCUUCACGGGCGUUCUCGCCGGCGCCAACCUCGUCGCCGUCGGCGUCCGGAUGGCCAGUGACCCAGCACCAGCGGCACCCGUCGUCCCGGCGGUCUUCACCGGUGCACGUGCGCUAGCAUACUUCCUGCGCCGCCAUCUCACCGUCGCGGGGUUCGUAAUGGCUUCCUGCGCGGUCGCCGCGGUCUCCGGCCAGGCAGGCCCGGUGCUCUGCCUCGGCAUGUCUGCUCUGCUCCUUGUCGGGCUCUCCCUGAUCAGUGUCGGAAUUCUCGGCCAGUAGCUGGUUCAGUUCUUGGAUGGAUGCACUGCUGCUCGAUUGAUACCUCCUGAAUUGCUGUAUCUCCUCGCUGUCGCUGUAUCGGAAUGCUCGAUUGAUGCACUGUGCGCUAGCCUUGUUGGAGAAUGUCUUCCAGUUCCAUGUCACCUGGGCUUGCUCAAGCUCAAUCAAUACUAUUUGAGAUCCUAAAUAAAAGGGAAUGAAGUUGUGCUACUGUAGUUUUCA